GUCGAAGCAAUCCUCACCACAAUGGAGUAUUUUGAGUUCGAGGCAGGAAGUCUCAUUGUGGAGCAGGGGAAGAUGGGCACCACUUUCUUCGUCACUGACACGGGCACCCUCGAGGUCUCCGUAAAUGGCAACGUGGUGAACACGCUCAUGGAGGGCAAGGCCUUUGGAGGCUUGGCUUUGCUGUACAACUGCCCCCGGACGGCCACGGUACAGGCGUUGAGCAAAGCCGGUGUUUGGGGAGCAAAUGGCAACAACUUCAAGCAGGUGCUCGCACAGAAUGCCGCCAACCGCCAGGCUGACAACCUCAAGUUCCUAGACUCCAUCAAGGUCUUCGAUGGCCUCAAUCAGAAGCAGAAGGACCAGAUCGCAUUGUCGGCAUUCUCCGAGGCCUUCGAGGCCGGACAGCGCGUGGCGACUCAAGGGGAGUCCCUGGCUGCGAUCUACUUCGUCAAGCGAGGCGGCCUAUCUGUGAUGUCGGGCGGAGAAGUGAAGGCUGAUGGCAAGUUCGAGGGCGGGGAGGAGGCGCAGAAGCUCUCGUCCGGGGAAUACAUCGGCGCAGCACUGCUGCUGAGCCAGAAACAGCGCCCCAGCUGGGACCAUACUCUCCUUGCCGACGCCAAGACGGAGCUGCUCUGUAUCAGCGUCAAGGAUCUGAAGGAGGUCUUGGGCAAUGACUUGGGCGGCAUCCUCGAGUCUGCCCUGGUACAGAAGGGCCUGAGGGCGUGUCCCGUGAUGUCGCAGUUCUCAUCCACUCAGAGAAACGACAUCGCAAAAUCAGUGGUCAUCAAAGAUCUUCAAGCAGGAGCGGCUCUACCAGACGGCAUGCGCUACGUCAUCGUGCUGGAGGGUACAAUCAGCGGCACGCACAAGGACGAGCAGGCACGCAGGGUGUUCUCUUCUGUGCUACGCUUCUUGUUCGGUCUUUCUGUGACCGCGCUUGUGUUGGCUGGAUUCAGCACGCGAACAGUUUCAGAUCAGUCCAGCUGGCAGCGGGGAGAGCCGAGAAGAGCUUCGGAUGCUUUUGCCUCGAAGUCCUUUCUGCGCAUGGUAACUGCUGACGAUGAGGAAGAGCUCCGUGCAGCCGCUGCGACACCAAGGUGGACCCAAUCUGUUGGCGCUGGUGCAGCCCUUCCUGAGGCAUUGCGCCAUAACCCUUUUCCCUUCCAACCUCAUCAUGCGCCAACCACCACAGCCCCCACAGCGAGACAUUUUAUGGCUCCGCUAGCUAUCCCCCCUGCGGCAUCGCCUGUGGCUGCGUCUGUUGUGGCAACUUUUGCGAAGCCUUCAGGGACAAUGCCGCCGCGCGUUGCCGCACCCGCGAUUCCUGCUCUCACCCUCCUUGCACCAGCCAAGUACAAGCCUGCAGGCAAGGUGGUAGAGGCAGGGCAGGCAAUUGAAACAGCAACGGGGGCAACGACAACCGCUGAGACGACUGCUACUGCGGCAAAGUCGGGAGUCAACACUGCACUGGCUGCUCCUUUCUUGGCGGCUGGUACUACCACUGCAGCUCCCGUUCAAACCGCGCCUGGCCUGGUGUCAAGCAGAGGUUGGGUCAUUACAGGCUGGAAUGAAAGACUGGUGAUGCCGCGGGGCCAGCCCCCAAAAGCCAACGCAACAGGCCGCGUGGCCUAUGCCUGGUAUUUGGCCGGACAGCACCUCGAACUUGAGAACUACGCGUGUGCAAUCUUGGUCAAUGCAUGGUACAUCCAGCAGAGUCUUAGCCACAUUUCUGGGUUCUUCCGUUGCACCGGUGGCUGUCAAAGGAAUGGGUUGAGGCCCAACGCAGACAUGAUCGUGGUUCACUUCGAGGAAGUGCCCGGCCGCGAGCGCUUUGAAAAGCUUGGUGUGAACCUGAUCCAGGUGGACCAGGCGACCAGCAAGGGUAAGUGGCAAUGGCUGCAGUCAUUUCUCAAACUUCGUGUUGCUAGCCUGUACCAGUAUGAGCGAAUCAUCUACAUGGAUGCUGACAGCUUCCCGAUCGGCAGCAUGGACAACCUGUUCGAUUUGGCGAACUUUCCGGUGGAAAUCGCUGCUCCGAUAGCCUACUGGGAAGGUCAUACAGCCAUGAGCGGAGGGCCAGUUGUCAUCGAUCCCCGUCGCAUCUUCUACGAACGAGACUUCGCAGGGGUUUUGGAUGAUGGCGCCAACCUGGAUUUCUCAUCAGAGAUGGACUGGGUCAACAGCCAUUUCAAAGAUUCGAUUUCCCUGCUGCCUGGAUACUAUGCGCUGCUUAUUGGCGAAUUCUGCGCCGAUGAUGGUUUCGAAAGGCCUCCAGCUAUCUACAGGCAUUGGCAGAAGCAUUUCGGAGAGUCUGCCGAAUGGGUGCUCAAGCACGCUGCGGUUACCUUGGAGCGCGCACAGUGGCUUGAGGAUGGCGGGCUGCUUGAGAGCAACGCUGCCAACGAGGCCAAGGCGGAGAUAAGGAACUUUGUCGCGGGAACGAACGGCGCGCGUGUGGGCUACCUAACCAAGGAAGGUCUUCUGGGCGCUCUCAAGGAGUUGGGCCUGGCAGCCAUCGGCAAUGCCGAGGAGGCUUCAGAUCUCACGCGUAAGCUGAUCGUUGCCAAGAAGGUGCAUAUCUUCCGACACCUCUCGAGCGAGCAGAUCAACAAGUUGGUCCAGUCGUUCGUGCUGCAACGGUACCGCAAAGGUGCCCACGUCAUCAAGCAGGGUGAAGUUGGCGCUUCCUUCUUCGUGAUCGCCAGCGGUGAUGUCAAUGUGGAAAUCGAUGGGAAGUUCAUCCGUACUAUGACGAAGAACUCCUACUUCGGCGAGCGUGCUCUGCUUUUCGAUGAGCCCCGAACUGCUACGGUCGAGGUUGCCUCACCAGAGGCAGAGCUCUGGUCGAUCGAGCACUUCUGCUGCAAGUCGAAAAGCUUCAAGGGUGCGCCUGAGCUGUGCAAACAGCCUCCUUCGCCUGAUUCACGCCUCUCCAAGAAACUUCUACCGGACAUGUUUGCGAAUCCAUCUACGCUCUCUUCCUUUGCGCAGGAGUUCCAGCCCAGUGCGGCAGCUCCCGCGCAAUACAUGCAGAAUCAGUACUACUCCUCGGCCGGUUACUGUCAGUACUCUGGCCAGGGAAGCAUGCAGCAAGCCGACAUGAACGGCUACUACGCAAACAGUGGCUAUUCCUACGGCUACCAGGACAACAGCUACGGUAACACUGGCUACACUGGCAACGGCUAUGUCCAGGGCUACGCGAACAAUCAGUACAGCAACGGUGCGUACUCCAAGGGUGCUCGCAACCCCAAGGCAGCACCACGGCCGCGUUUUCUCAUCUGUUCUGCUGCCAUCAAUCUGGAUGACUUCUCAGACCUCUCGGAUUCCGACACCUAG